AUGGCAGUAAAGAAAGGAAAUACAUCAUCAAAAGCAUCAAAGGCUGUAGAGAUUAAAGAGUCGAUCCACAAGACAUUGGGAGCCAAGGCAGUGGAGGAGAUUGACGAGACGAUCAUCGACUACAUUACCGGUGUGUUUGAAGACGACUCGAUGAACAGUGACCGUGACGAAUUGAUCGAGAUGCUGACUCCUUUUUUGCAAGACUUUGCUGGUGGAUGCGAGGACAAGGCCGGCGAGCUUGUGCGCAAGGUCAUCGACAGUUUGGUGGCCGAGGGGAUCGUGCGUAUUGACCAGACGGGCGGAGCAGUGCAACAGCUGCUGCAACCGGUCAGUUUGUUGCGUCUGGACGAUCGUUUGGACGCUGCGGUCGCCUGGAUGAAGCCCGAUGACAACAUCUCGAUCGUCAACAGAGAGCAGCUCGAGGCCAACGAGAAGAGAUACAACGCAAGAAAGGAAGCACGUGUCGCCAAGGAAGAGCGUAAAAAGGUUAGGGCAAACCAGGCUUUGCAAGCACUGCAAGCAUUGCAAAAGCAACAGACUAUGGAGAUGUCACUCGCACGUGGUACAUUGCAGAGCAGAGACAUCCACGUUGAAAACUUUUCGCUGUCGUACGGCAAGAUGGAUCUCAUUAUCAACGGAGACUUGCAUCUCAACUUUGGUCGCAAGUAUGGUUUGAUCGGGCGUAACGGUACAGGUAAGACCACGUUGUUGCGUCACAUUGCAUCGCGUGAGAUUGACAUUAAGAACAACCUGUCGAUCCUCCACGUCGAGCAGGAAGUCAACGGUACCGAGCAGACUGUCAUUGACUGUGUGCUCGAAGCCGACAUUGAACGUGAGCGUUUGCUCAAGGAGGAGAAACGUCUCAACGCACUGCCCGACAAUGAGCGUGCCAACUACUCUGAAAAGAUCCGUGACAUCUACGAGCGUCUCAAUGUGAUUGACGCACACACUGCCGAGAGCAGAGCAGCCGCCAUUCUCGCCGGUCUCGGUUUCACCGACGAAAUGCAGCAACAAGCCACCAAGCAAUUUUCCGGUGGCUGGCGUAUGCGUGUCUCGCUCGCCCGUGCCCUCUUUAUCCAACCCGAUGUACUCAUGUUGGAUGAACCCACUAACCAUCUCGAUCUGUUUGCCUGUUUGUGGCUCGAGAGCUACCUCAUCAACUGGGGUCGUACCCUCGUCAUUGUGUCUCAUCACCGUGACUUCCUCAACUCGGUGUGUACCGAUAUUAUUCAUCUCAACAACAAGAAGCUCGACUACUACAAGGGUAACUACUCGACGUUUGAGCAAACCCGUCACGACCGUCUCCGUUCACAACAAAAGGCAUUUGACGCACAACAACAACAACGUAAACACAUCCAAACCUUUAUCGAUCGUUUCAGAUACAAUGCCAAGCGUGCCAAGAUGGCUCAAUCCAGAAUCAAACAAUUGGAAAAGAUGGACGUCAUAUCCGAAGUACUCGACGAUCCAACCGUCACCCUCUCCUUCCUCGAAGUCGAUCCUCUCACCCCUCCCAUCCUUCAACUUCAAGAUGUCGCUUUUGGCUACAAACCUGAAAAUCUCUUACUUAAAAAUCUUAAUCUUGGUAUUGAUAUGAAUAGUAGAGUUGCUCUUGUUGGUGCUAAUGGUGUUGGUAAAACAACAUUACUUAGAUUAUUAUCAGGAGAAUUGGAAGAAACUUCAGGUAAUGUUAUUAGACAUGGUAAAUUAAAGUUUGCACGUUUUUCACAACAUUUUGUCGAUCAAUUGGAUCUUAGCAAGAGUCCACUUGACAACUUUUUGGCAAAAUACCCAGGCACUAGUCCUCAGGUAGCACGUUCACACCUUGGUAGAUUUGGUCUCUCAGGUGAUUUAGCUCUCCGUACUGUCAACACCUUGUCUGGUGGUCAAAAGAGUAGAGUAGUACUCUGUCAAAUUGCAUUCACCAAACCACAUAUUCUCUUGCUCGAUGAACCUUCGAAUCAUCUUGAUAUCGAUACUGUCGACGCCCUCAUUCAAGCUCUCAAUGAAUUCCAAGGUGGUAUUCUCAUGGUUAGUCACGACGAGCGUCUUAUCAAUCUUGUUUGUGAUGAAAUUUGGUAUUUCGAUGGUGAUGAUGAUCAACCAAAACAAGUCUUACAAUUUGAAGGUGAUUGGGAUGAUUAUAAGAAACAAGUUUGGAAUAUGUAA